AAGGGCGGGGGAAAGAGGCGUGAAAGAGCGCGUAUUGGUUCUUAGUAUCCCUCGUGACAUGAAGCUACAGCCGGAUUGGUUGGGGGGGAUUACGUUCGUCUGAGACCGCAGGCUGCUUCAUUGCGCUAUUGCUCUGCAGUAGGGGGAGUCAGGGGCGCCGUACGAAAGAGGAGAGUGGGUCGCUUGUGAGAAGGGAAAGCCCCCGGAUACGGUGCCUCAUGUUGGGACUUUGCAAUGGAGAAGAAGCAAUAUGUGACUCUUCUCUUCUUACUUUCCAUACCUUUAUUUUGUGAAGCUCGCAGCCAUGCCUCGGAACCAGCCACAAUUGCACAAACUCCAGAGAAACAGAUCCCUGAAAAGGCAGCUGGUAUCAGUGUUGAUUUGGCCACACUUGCACAGAGACAUCACCUUCAGGAACUUUUCUCUCGUUAUGGGGAGAACAAUACGCUGACUGUUGAAGGGUUUAGAAAAUUGUUAUGGAAUAUGGGCAUUGAGCAUGUGAGAAAAAUUGGUAUAGACCAUGACCAUCACCAUCACCAUCAUAAUCGCAUAACACUCAAUCCAAACAUUGAGAAUACAAGUUGCCUUAGUGAUGAAUUGGGUGGUGUGAACAAAGAUCUUUGGAAUAGUCAGCCAAAUGAUUUACCUAGAACAGAGCAUACUGAUCACCAGCAGGACUCUGUGAAUAGCAAAAGCACAACAGUUGCUGUAACUACGUCCACGUACCCCACAGCCACCGAGGGCAGCCCUCUCUUACAACAUUCAGAAACAGCAGAACCAAAGUCUAUACGCUUAGGCUUUGCCAGCCCCAAUCCCAACAUGGUAUUGGAAAGUAGCAAUGUGAGUUUGCUUAUAAAUGGAAAAGCAAAUGAAUCGCUCCUUCCUGUGAAGGAAUCUGAAAGAGGAAGUUUCAUGUAUUCUAAAAUAAGAAAACAAAGUACGCAAGAGUGUUUCAAUGCGUCAAAACUGAUGCUCUCUCAUGGAAUAAGUACACAAGUUCUGUUGACAGCCACAGACUUUAGUUAUCUUUGUCCAGCUAUCGUUAACCAGAUUGAUGGUAGAUACUGUGUAAUUCAUUCAGCAAGUGAAAAAGCAGAAAUUCCUCCAAAAACAUAUUCAUUGCAAGUAGCCUGGUUUGGUGGAAUUAUAUCCAUUUCCGUAAUCAGUUUUCUUUCAUUACUGGGUGUUAUAUUGGUUCCUCUUAUGAAUCGUGUAUUUUUCAAGUUCCUUCUAAGCUUCCUUGUGGCAUUAGCAGUUGGUACCCUCAGUGGAGAUGCUCUUCUGCAUCUUCUUCCACACUCUCAUGGAAGCCAUCAUCAUAAUCAUGAGAAUACAGUGGAACACAAAGAUCCUCUUUUUAAGCAUCUUGUUUUUCAAAGUGCAGAAGAGAGUGCUUAUCUGGAUUCUACAUGGAAGGGCCUCACAGCACUUGGGGGACUAUAUAUCAUGUUUCUUGUUGAGCACUUGAUCACUUUAAUCAAGCAGUUUAAAGACAAGAAAAAAAAGAAAAAAAAUGAAGAUGAUGAAGCAGAAAUCAAGAAGCAGCUAUCUAAAUAUGACUCUCAGCUUUCAACAAAUGAAGAAAAAUUAGACUCUGACGACAGACCUGAAGCUUACCUGGGGGCAGAUUCCCAAGACCAAUCAAACUUCAUCUCUCAGAAGCCAGUAGUACAAGAAGAAGAAGAAGUCAUGAUCGCUCACUCACACCAAGAGGCUGCUGACCAUGAAUAUGCAUCCAGGGGGUGCAGAAACAAAUGCCAUUCACAUUUACAUGACACUCUAGGACAGUCGGACCAUCUCAGUCAUCAUCACCAUGAUUACCAUCAUAUUUUGCAUCAUCACCACCACCAGAACCACCACCCACAUAGCCAUAGCCAGCGCUAUUCACGUGAAGAACUAAAAGAUGCUGGUAUAGCAACUCUAGCCUGGAUGGUAAUUAUGGGUGAUGGACUACACAACUUCAGUGAUGGCCUUGCAAUUGGGGCUGCUUUUACUGAAGGUUUAUCUAGUGGCUUAAGUACUUCUGUUGCAGUCUUCUGCCAUGAGUUACCACAUGAAUUGGGAGAUUUUGCUGUACUUCUCAAAGCUGGCAUGACUGUGAAACAAGCUGUUCUUUAUAAUGCUCUCUCAGCUAUGCUGGCAUAUCUUGGCAUGGCUACUGGGAUACUCAUUGGCCAUUAUGCUGACAAUGUUUCUAUGUGGAUCUUUGCACUUACUGCUGGGCUGUUCAUGUAUGUGGCCCUUGUGGAUAUGGUUCCUGAAAUGCUCCACAAUGAUGCUAGCGAUCAUGGAUGUAGCCGCUGGGGAUAUUUUCUGUUGCAGAAUGUUGGGAUUUUGUUAGGUUUUGGUAUUAUGUUACUUAUCUCUGUGUUUGAACACAAAAUUGUGUUCAGCAUAAACUUAUAAUACCUUGUAUACUGUCCUAAUGUUGACAUGGUACUAAACGGUAGGCACUUCUCUCCACCCCCCUUCCCUUAACUGUCCACUGAUUUGGCAUUUAGAUUAGACAUUUUUAGUAGUGUGAAUCUGCUUGCACUAUGGCAGAGUACUGUAGCACUGUGGGGAAACUGGCCUGUUUAGAUACCACAGGUUGCCAAAUAUUAUGAAAGCUAAAGCUUAUAAGGGAAGGUUUUUUUAAGUUAUUUAAUAUUGUGAGCAUAUAAACAUGCAAUGUGAAGCUUUGUCUUUUUCCUUAUGUGUUAACAAAGUAUCAAACAUGUGAAGUAGUAUUUGUUUUAAUAUAGUUAAACUACAGGAAAACUUAAAA